UUAGAGUGAGACAAACCCUCGUCAAUUGGAACUCUCCUCACCCCACCGCCUUCGCCUUCGCCUUCGCCUUCUUCGCCGCCCCUCUCUCUCGUCGUGCUCCUUCCAGUUGGAACCCGAGGGAUUAGAGGCGAAAGGAAGAGUUCCGAUGGCGGAUCCAGGAAUACACGGUGGAGAUGACGUUGACCACCGCCAGGAUUCCGGUAACAGGCGACUCUACAACCCCUACCAGGACCUCCAGAUCCCUUACCGAACCCUCUACGACCUCCCGACCUCGCCGGAGUUUCUCUUCCAGGAGGAGUCCCUCGCCCAGCGCCGUUCCUGGGGCGAGAAUCUCACCUACUACACAGGAAUUGGCUACCUCUCCGGCUCCGUCGCGGGAGCCUCCCUCGGCCUCCGCCGCGCCCUUCGCUCCGCCGAGCCCGGCGACACGCUCAAGAUCCGGAUCAACCGGAUCCUGAACUCCUGUGGCCAGGAUGGCCGCCGCAUCGGUAACCGGGUCGGCGUCAUCGGCCUCAUGUACGCCGGUCUCGAGAGCGGGAUGGUUGCCGCGAGGGAUACGGACGACUGGGUCAACAGCGUCCUGGCCGGGCUCGGCACCGGAGCCCUCUUUAGGGCCGCCAAUGGGCCUCGAUCGGCGGCCAUCGCCGGUGCCAUUGGCGGCUUGAUGGUCGGCGCUGCUGUAGCUGGGAAACAGGUCUUGAAGAGAUACGUGCCGAUAUAGCAUUUGUGGAACAGCGGGAGGGUAUUAGAAAUUUGUGGCAAUAAGUUUCUUAGCACCAAAUUGAUCGACAUAUUAUAUCUUGUGAAAAUAGCUGCUCGCAUUUGGAUUGACGAGUAGCAUACAUCUGCUUGUUGGAUUUUGAAUAUAAGAAUGGAGAUCCCAUUGGCACUUA